UUUCACAAAAUUCAUUUCCAGUUUUAUUUUGUGAGUCUAUAAUGGAGUUGUAGCGCACACCUAUAUAUCACCACCAGCAACUGCUAAUAUGCUUGCACACGACUUUUUGAAGAACGAUGAUCGUACGUUCAAACCGACGUCGUCAUCCAGGUCAGCAUGGUAUUUCUGCGUCUUGGUUAUGACAAAGAUUCUGCGAUGUAUUGGCAUCUACUUUAUUGACAUUCUCGCAAAGAGCGUUCAUAUUGUUAGCCUGUUAUGGCUUGUUAAAGUUGUUGCAUCCUUCAUAUUGUUGCCCAUUCAAAAACCGCUUAGUCAAGGGAAGUCUUUGAGAAAGCAUACGCUUAUGCGAAUUGGGAAGUUAUCGUUAGCAAACUCAGUGAUAGAAAUAUUAUGGUUCUAUGGCAUUACGUUCUGUGGGCCUUUGAGGUCAGUGCUUGUUUUCGAGUUGAGCCCCUCUGUUCUUUUAGUGGUGAUACUGUCGUUGAUCAAGGGAAGUUCUACAACGGCAAAAAGUAGGGGUACAUUUUUCUUAGUGAUAGGUUUUGUUAUACUUAUGCUCAUGGAUCGUGAUAUAACAAUUGAACAUGCACAUGAUGUGACACACGGACACCAUAGUGGUUUAAAUCAUCUUUUCUACCAUCUUAUCCAAAUGUUCGGUGUGUCCGACCAUCAAGGAGGGAUUCUUAUUCUUUUUCUGGCGUUACUACUCCGCAUUGGCUACGACAGUUCAUUCCGUCACCUGGCGGUUGAGAUCGGUGGUCCAAAACGCCUAUACUCUCUCGUAUCAACAUGCUCUGCAUUAAUCCUUACACCCGUUGCUGUUCUUUCCAUCACAAUGACUACGUCACACAUCCAGUCUCUGCCGGAGUUCUUGAUCUUGCUAGUAGUUGCCGCUAUAUUCGUUCAAGUUCUAGACUUCUAUGCAGAAAGCGUUUGCUUCCAGCACGUUGCUGACCCGGUAAUGGCCGCUGCUCGUUGGUCGCCGGUGACCAUGUUCACCUGUGCGUUGGGGUUGUCAUGGUUGUGGUAUGCCCGGCAAGGACUAGCAGAACAUGGAGUCACUUAUGGAGUCAUAAUCACCGUUGUGGCGUUUAUUUUGGCCUCCGUAUCGUUGACGUCUUCGAGUGCUCCGAAACAUCGCGGUGGUGAGUUGAUUGGAAUGUCAGAUACUGGAGUUCCACUCUUCACAUACAAAGAAGCAUUCUUGCAAAAAACCGGACGAUCCUUGAUGCUGUUCGUGCAGGAAACUCUUCGAGAAAUUCUCGCCAACAGCGAUUCUCGGCGGAUUUUUUACUUCCUCUGCGUGAAUCUAGCAUUUUGUGGCGUGGAAUUUCUAUACGGGUUUUGGACCAACAGUCUUGGACUCAUCUCCGAUGGAUUCCAUAUGUUGUUUGAUUGCUCUGCGCUGGUCAUGGGCUUGGUGGCUGCUGUGAUGUCGCGUUGGCCAGCUACUCGCCGCUUCAGUUAUGGAUAUGGAAGAGUCGAGGUAUUAUCUGGGUUCAUCAAUGCCCUCUUUUUGUGUGUGAUCGCUCUCUUCAUUUUGAUAGAGGCCUUGGAAAGGUUGUUUGAUCCGCCAAAUAUCAACACCGAUAGACUUUUAUUUGUUGCCAUAUCUGGACUUCUCGUCAAUCUUUUUGGUAUGUACUCUUUCCAUGGUGGCGACGAUCAUGGGCACGGACAUUCACAUGGCGGCGGUUCCCAUGGACAUUCGCAUUCGAAUGCCAACAUGGAAGGCGUGUUUCUGCACGUUUUGGCCGAUACUCUUGGAUCAGUUUUUGUUAUCAUAUCAACGCUGCUUAUCCAGUGGUUUGGCUGGACAUGGGUAGAUCCGCUUUGCUCCUUGAUCCUCUCAAUCUUGAUCCUCAGCUCUGUGUACCCUCUGCUGACCAGUAGCACGAAUACACUGUUACAGGACAUUCCUGAUGAAGAAGAGUUUGAACAUCAUCUAUGUGAAGCGUUGGAGGUGGAAGGAGUGCAGUCGUAUUCAAAACCCCACUUCUGGCAGCUAAAGAGCGAUCUUAAUGUCGCUUCUGUUCAUAUACAAGCUGCUUCUGAAGCAAAUGCGCAGCUCAUUCGACAUAAGGUUGCUGCACAACUGAGAGCAGCGGGAGCUACGCAGUGCUCUGUGCAAGUCGAAAAGGACUUCUUUAUGCAUCGGAUCCAGCAGCUUUGCCCGUCAUAUCGUUUUGGCCAUAAUGUGCUUCGUGGUACGACAAUCGUUCGUGAACGAAAAUCGCAAAGUAAUGACCACGGCCAUUCACACAAUGGACAUGGACACGGUCACUCUCACUAACCUCUAUAAGCCCUUCCCGAGUCAUUCAAGUGCCUUCUUAUAAUGGGCAAUUAGUAAGAUUCUCUAAAUUGCUAUGUUGAAUCUUAGUUUUUAGUACUGUUGAAUGUCGCGAUUUUGUGUGUUUGUGCAAGCCUUUGUCAGGGUGUUUGGGUUUAUAUCUUCGAGUAUUUCCUUGUAUCAUUUCAUACCUUUCUUUCCUGUGCACAUGGAAAUGAGAUCUAUGCUGUUGGCAGUUACUGUGAUUGUUCAUCUGGGUCUAAUUUAUUUCGAAAUAUUGAGGUAAUAAAGAAGUAUUGUGCGGUC